CUUUAUUGUCAGUACAGAAUCAGGUGUCACUGUAAUGACAAAAUAUGAAAUGAACGAUUUCAUGAUAAUGAAUUAAAAAUUGCAAUUUGAGUUCUUAUAAACAACGUAUUGUUUGUAUUUGUACUUUACUGUAUUCAGUUUCAAGUUUAACAUGUAACAUACCACUGCUACACAUGUUUGCAUUAGUUAAAUACAUUUUAUUUUGUCAGUGUCGUGCCGGCUACGAUAACUUAUAAAUGAAGACUCCGAGAAAAUCAUCAACGAACAUAAUGCGCAAGUAUUACCAAUUGAUUUUAGUUUUGAUCAGCUUUAUUAGUAUUGUAACACUAUUGAUUUACCGUCACGAAUACUAUCGUCUUCGAUAUGUUUUGGAGGUGCUUAACUUUUUUGGCAAGCCCGGCUUAUCGGAGAUCGAAUUCUGUGGUCCAGGAUUUAAUGCCACUAUGCUAUCUGAAAUACUACGAAAUUCUUCUAUGGAAGUUCGAGAAACUCCGCCGCUAUUUCAACAGAUAGAUGAAAAUUUUUACUCCUACUCCUCAUUCUUACGAUCAUAUCAAAAGUACCAGACCCUGACUCCAUCUUAUGCUCACAGCAUCGACACUAUUGUCAUUGGCAAGACCAAUGUUCAUCCAGCUUUCCGCUGCAAUAUUUGGUUAGAGAAUGAAUCUAAACCAAAAGCUGGACGAUUUUCUAACAGAGUAAUUGUUGAACAUAUAAAUUUUACUUUGUAUGUAUUCCAGUGUACAAUGAACAAAGACUUUGGUAAACCAAAAGGGAUAAGUUUUUAUGUCAAUGAUUAUAAUAUUAAUCCAAUCCAUGCUCCAAUUAACAGACUUAUUCAAGUGAAUACAAAACGGAAGCCUAGACAAAUGAGCAAUAUUAAAUUUGUCAAUAAUAUUGUACCAGCAAUAUGUGUACUACCAAAUCAAGUUCCUAUCGUUUCAAGAGAUUCAUUUAUUGAAUUUCUUGUAUUUCAUCAAAUGAUGGGUGUCAAACAUUUUACAAUAUAUGACAGUAUGAUAUCAGAAGAUGUUAUAAGAAGAUUAAAUUUAUUACCUGCUGAUAUAACACAAUGGAACAUACAAUUUUUCCCUUUAAACUAUCCAUUUAUAUUUUCAAAGUCUUAUGAUAUAGUACGUAAUGCAGUGGAGUUAGAUUGCCUCUUCAGACAUUUUCGAUAUGAUAAAGAAGAAGCGGAUAAAGCAAGUCAUAUGGUAUUGCUCUCUUGGGAUGAAUUUUUAGUACCUCGUGUUCAUAAUAAUAUUAAAAGUGUUCUCGGUGAUUUUGAUCCUAUGAGAUCAUUACAAACUAUUGCAUAUCCACUUUUAUUCUGUCUGAACCAACCUGACGAUGAUAGUGCUGUUAUCGGAUAUCCUGAUAUAUUUAACAAAAGGCAUUAUUACAACUUGCCUGAGAAUAUUCCUAUUAAACAUAUAAUAAACCUUGAUGCGAUUUCAAAAUUUGAUGAUAUAUUUAAUAUUUUUUCGAAAACAAUGCAAGAAAUUCCCCUGAACAUGCUAGCUGUACACAAAUACACUGAAUGUAGGGACAGUAAGAAGUAUAGCUUGAGUGGAUACAAUGAGACACAGUUGCAAGUAUUUCCACACAAACUUGAAGGUGCAAUAACACAAUUUUCUCAAGACUUAUUAAGCAAUAAAGUUUACAGGUUGUAUAAAUCUGGACAAAUAUGGGAGAGAAGUUCAAGUGAAAAUAUAAGAGAGAUGUUGUAGAUUUACAAUACUCAAAUAAAA